AGAGACGCGGACGUUAUCAACACAUCGAACCAUAGCAAAGUAUGAGGAGGAACUUUGUCCAACAAAAGAGGAGAAGGAGCGACAACAUCAACUAUGGACGCUAUUUUCAAGAAACAUCAAGUCAGACGUCCAGCAGCCCCCCCACAUGAAAGAGGAAGAGGAGGAUCCACACAUGAAAGAGGAAGAGGAGGGAGGGUGUCCUGUAGGGCAGGAGGAGGAUGAUGUCAGCAAGUUUCCACUGACUGUUGUCUCUGUGAAGACUGAAGAGCAUGAAGACAAAGCACCUGAGUCCUCACAGCUUCAUCACAGUCCAAACGUCCAGCGGGUGUCAGCGGGGAGUUAUGAAGAGGAGUGGCACACCAGUGUGGGACAGAAGGAGCUACAGGCCCCCUCCCACAUUAAAGAGGAGCAGCUUCAUGAUGAAGAUGAAGCUCAGUCCUUACAGCUUCAUCACAGUCAAAGUGAGGAGAACAGAGGGGCGGAGCUUGUAAGUCAACACAUCACAGAAGCUGGCGGAGAGCAUUGUGAAGAUAUAAAGUCAGAACCAGACAGCAUCUUUGCUCCACUGUCAGACAUGGACCACAUGAUGUCACACUCUUCUGAUCACAGUGACCACAUCCAAAAACCUUUGGAGAGUAAAGAUGACUCUAAAGGUGAUACGAGACAUCACACUAACAACAAACACUUUGACUGCUCUCAAUGUGGGAAGUCAUUUAGACAGAAGUGUCAUUUUACAGUACACAUGAGAAUACAUACUGGAGAGAAACCUUUUACUUGCUCUGUUUGUAAGAAGAGUUUCUCCACAAAACCUCAAAUGACCACACACAUGAGAAUACACACUGGAGAGAAACCUUUUACUUGCUCUGUUUGUAAGAAGAGAUUCUCCACGAAACCUAACAUGAUCACACACAUGAGAACACACACUGGAGAGAAACCUUUUCUUUGCUCAGCUUGUGCUAAAAGAUUCAACACUAAGAAUAGCAUGAUAUUACACAUGAGAACACACACAGGUGAGCAACAUUUUACUUGCUCUGUUUGUGCUAAAAGAUUCAACACUAAGAAUGACAUGAUAUUACACAUGAGAACACACACAGGUGAGAAACCUUUUACUUGCUCUGUUUGUAAGAAGAGUUUCUCCACAAAACCUAACAUGACCAGACACAUGAGAACACACACUGGAGAGAAACCUUUUUGUUGCGCAGCUUGUGCUAAAAGAUUCAACGCUAAGAGGGACAUGAUAGUACACAUGAGAACACACACUGGUGAGAAACCUUUUACUUGCUCUGUUUGUCAGAAGAGUUUCUCCACAAAGCAACGCAUGACCACACACAUGAGAACGCACACUGGAGAGAAACCGUUUAGUUGCGCUGUGUGUGUUAAAAGGUUCAGGUUUAAGUAUCAGGUGAGUAAACACAAGUGUGAAACAGUCAUGGAAGCUGCAGGGAUUUAAAAACACUUAAACAGUGAUUGUGCUAAAUGUAGUUUAAAAACACAGCAUGUUUAAUAAGAAUGUAUAUUUGAUGUUGUAUGUAGUGCUUCUCAUCUUCUAGUCUUAUAUGUUGUCCUGUAAUUACUUUAUAAGUUGUGUGCAUUUAUUGAAUAUUAUAUAUGUAGCUACUUUUUUUUCUCAUCUUUGAAGAAUCUUAUUAUUUUCAUUGUUUUUUUUUCACACAUUUUUUCCAUUGCAUUUUAUUGAUGUUAUUAUCCAAUUAAAAGUAUGAAUGAAUAAAAUGGUCAACAUAAUGUGGACUUUGGUAGAUUAGCAGCAUUCUUACAUUAUGGAUGUUAACUACUGCAAAACAUCAACAAAGAAGAAAAAUGCUGAAGUUAACAACACAUCACUGAACUUUAGAGCCAUCGUGAGUGGAGUUGCUUGUUUUUAUUGCUGCAUUUGUACUUAUUUCACCUCACAUCUUCACUUUUAAUCCUAAAGUCUUCUUCAAAUAUAUUGUUGUAGGCUUCUAACAUUUGUGUUUCUGAUGUGUGUGUAGUCUGUGGAAAGGGUUGUUGUCCCUUGUGGAUCCAAUUGUUCACUUGCACAGAUACAUCUUCAUCAUCAUCAUCACCGGUCCAAUACUGGACGAAACCUUAGCAGUAAUGUUUUAAUAUAAGUGUGACCUUUUUAUUCCUGGAUAAUAAGACUAUAAACACAGAUUUAAGCACUGCAUUAGAGUGCUUCGUGUGGUACUCCAACUCGCCACACUGAGAAGUGGGGGCGAUCAUGAGCUAGCAGAUGCAUGUUGCUAUCAUGUUUUAUCAGCGACGA